CCUUGAGGAUAAUUCUGCAUGGUAGUUUGCUGCAGGAUCUAAGACAAAUCUCAAGAAUUCCCCCAAAAGGAGAAGGAAUACUUAAAACAAUGCCAUCGGAAAAGGAACGGAUUUUUUGUGAUAAGGAAAAAAAUAAUUUAUUAAACCACAAUGCUGCAAAGAAACUUUCUAUGGAUACUACUUUGGAAAAAGCACUGGUGAAUGAUACUCUAAGUAUGAUGCCUCGGCCAGCAAUUGUAGAUGUCAGUUUCUCUUAUGGAUUGAAAAAUGUGAAAAUUGAUUUACCCAAGGUGAACAUUCCAAAUGAAGUAUUAAUGAAACAUGAAGUUGAUAGAUUUAGGAAAUUGUUUCAGUGUAAACAGCAGACUGCAAGGAAGUCUUUAAAUCUGGAGAAAAUAAACGGAAGCAGUCCCAGUUGUUCAGAGGGAAGCCACUUGCAAAAUAAACCAGAAGUGCAAUUUGAGGAAGGGUUGAAAACGACAGCAAAGAUACUUAAUUUCACUUGCACAAAGUGCAAGGAUAAUAUUCGAUACAGCCCAAAUGAUCUACAGAAACAUUUUCAGUUGUUACACUAUGGCGAAUUGCCUUUGUAUCCUUGUGAAAUGUGUAACUUCUCAGCUAAUGACUUUCAGUCCUUCAAACAGCAUAGACGCACCCAUCGCAGCACUUUAGUCAAAUGUGAGCUCUGUAAUGAUGAGCAUAUGUACACUUUGUUGGAUUUGACAAAACACUUCACAGCAAAGCAUUGUGUAAAUGGUCACUUUCAAUGUGAAAAAUGUGGGUUUUCUACCCAGGAUGUGGGCACAUUUGUUCAGCACAUUCACAGACAUAAUGAGGUUCCAUAUAACUGUGGAAAAUGCCGUCACAUGAGCUUUACAAAAGAGGAGUUCCAGAAACAUCUUCUUGUCCAUGCUGGUACGUUUCCUUUUGGUUGUCAGUACUGCACUUACAGCACGCCACGGAAAGAUUAUCUUUUAAAACACAUUAUAGCUUUGCAUAGAGACCACCUGUAUGCAAAAGAAAAACUGGAAAAGGAUAAAUGCGAGAAAAGACUAGUAAAGACCUCUGCGGGAUUAAAGCUCGUGUUAAAAAGGUAUAAAACGGGAACAUCAAAGAAAGCACUCUGGAGACGGAAAAAGAUAAGCAGUGGGAGUGACAAUCCUGAAGAAAAUUCACAAAUAUUAAGAAGUAGGAAUAAAAUCCACCUGAAACCUGAGGAGCAGAACCAGUUUGUAAGAGAUGUGGAAGCAAAUGAAGAAAAAGGUGAAAUUAUAUAUAGCGAAAAGCAUAAUUUCACAGGUGGGAUGCUCUCUGCUGCUACUACUCAAUACAAUAAAGCAGAUGAUGGAGCCAGUUAUGGCCUGGGAUUACUGAAGAAUGCUGUUCAUGGGCCCACAGUAUUGAUGGUCAAAAAUAAUAAAAUCUCAGUUCCUGCAAAUUACAGCGCUAAAUUUAUGGGAUUUAAAAUGGUAGAUGGAAAGCAACAUAUUGUUAUAAAGUUAUUACCUACGAGUAAGCAAAACUCACAUUUGUUGGGUCAGAAAGCUGAUGCAGUUAAGGAUAGCCCUGCAUCUUUGCUACAGACUGCUGAUGGCUGUAGCUUAUCUUCAGGUGCUUUAUCACAUGUGACUGAGCAGACAGCCUUGAAGAACAACCAUGUUCACGCAUUAACCUCUACUCCGUUCUCUUUUUCUGCUCUUCAUUCAGGAAAAACAAAAGUGGAGAAACAAAAUAACUCCUCAUUGUGUGGUAGAGGUAUUUCCCAAACUGUAGCACCGAAUGUAGCUGUGGAAAAAAGUUCAAGUCAUUUGCAAAUGAAGUUGGGCUCAACUGUGCCUCCAUGUGAUGAGGUGACAAAAGUUGGAACUCGAAGUACUGUCUCAUGGGGAAGCUAUAGUCCUCCGAGUCCUCCUCAGGUAUUGCCACCUACGAUUGCCAAUUCCCUUCAUUGUGACCCUAUGAAAAUGCCCUUCUUCCCGGAAUUGAAAAAGCAAAACGGUGGCCUGAAUAAUAAUAAUAAUGGAACUAAUAAUCUGUGUUAUUCAUCUUCCGUUGAUUCUUCUAAUGAAGGGUUGCUUUCUUUUCAUAAUUAUUCAAAAAUUGACACUUCAGAUAACCAGUGUAGCAUUUGGAUGUCAUCAGAUGACAAAACUAAAGAAUUUUUACCCAGCAAAACAUUUUCUUUUCAAAACAGUAGGAGAGGCGAAUCUCCAUCUUCAUUUUCAGAGUUAGUAAAAGGCUUAAAGCCAGAAAAAAUUGUAUCAUCUCCAUCAAAUAUUAAUAAAACCUACGGACACAUAAACACUAAGAAUAACUACAUGUCUUCUAAAAGCCAGUCUAAAUGCGUUAUUGGCAGAGAGUGUUUUGUGGAAGACCAGCAUAGUAAUGGCCAGCAGUAUUUGGACACUAACGUAAAUCAGGGCUUUGUGAACGUAGCAGAGAAAUUUCAAGAAAAUGCCAUGGAUUGUGUUAACUCAGCCUUAAUGCCUAAAAUCACGUCAGUUUUCUCAUUACAGAGUGAACAGGCAGCUAAUUAUUUGUCCCCUGAAAUAAAUCAGUUAUUGCAAGAUGUGUUAAAAGUGAAAGCAACUACUCAGCAAGAAUUCCACAGCAAGUCAAAUAACUGUGUAAAACUUCAUUCUGACAAGUUGCUUUCGAGUCGUGACACAGGAAAUGAAGCCUUUGUGCAGUUAAAGAGCCCAGCAACUGUGUGUGAGUGUCAGAGGCCGCCUCCUAAUGUAGCCUUUCCUUUAUGUGAGAGAGACUUGAGCUUGAGAUGUAGCGCAAAUGAAGGCAUACAUUGUGGGAGGGAAGGAAAGAUAUCCAGGGCAUCAUUUGAUUCACAGGGGGCGAGUAAAUUAUCCAGAGCUGCAGAUGUUGAUAAGUUGCUUAAAACUGAUGCAGAUGCAUCCGUAAUGCAGCAGUUACAGAAAAUGCAGUCUACAGCCCAAAGUUGUAGCUUUUCACCGGUGCAUCAAGAACAGAAGAAAGCUCUUCUAGUUCAGUCACCUCCAUCAGGAUUUUUUGUACCUUUGCACCUUGCUAAUCAACCUGGAUUGCAGGUUGUUUCAGGAAAAUCUCUUCCAUCCACCAGUUCGUCGGAUGGCCCUUUGACUAAAGGGGUACCUGCCUCUUUUGUUUUAAAUAAAGGACCUGGAAUGAUUUUGACUUUUAGUGGGGCAAUUGGAACAGUUGCAAAUGUCCCUAGUGAUAGUUCUCAUGUUUUAGGAAGAGCAGCAUCCAGAGAAUAUGGUAAAAUAACCAUACCAGCUUCAAAAGCAGAUGUGAAAAACGACAGUUUUAGAAGAACGAGAAGUUCCAGUAAUAGGAAAACGUGUAGUAUAGCAAAUGACUCGUCGAAUAGCAUGCCAUUCAAAGGACCCCUGGUAAUUACAAACUCAUCCGAGUCAUCUGUGAAAGGAAUUUCUUCUGUGAAAGUGUUAACAGAGCAUCAGAAUGCUGUCUUUGGUUCCUUGGAGUCAGCAGAAGAACAGGAAGUUCAACAGAAACGUGUUUAUGCGCUUUUACCUGAUGGACAGCAGGCCGUUUUUCUGAAAUGUAUGACACCAAACAAGCCUGUAGUACAGAAACGUAGUGUUUUUCAGGAUAAUGCUUAUCAUCAAAAUUGUCAACCAAAGAAAACUGGAGCCAUGCAACAAAAGCUUUUGGUGAAAAUUAGGACUUCCUCUUCAGAGUCCCUGGCAGAUGCAGAUCGGUUGGUCAGCAGCUCACUGCCCUCACUACACGUGGACAACACGCAGUCCCCUACCCCUGCACUAGCAAACAAACAAGCUAAUCUUAAUUCUAGUGAUGCCUUAAUAUUACCAAGUAGGUUCAUGCCAGCAAAUGCCUCUGUGGCAAGCUCCAGUCCAGCCUGUUGUAUUCGUCCUGUAGAACCAGUAUGUUCUGCCAAACCUGCAGGGACACUUUUGCAGAAAGGUUCUGGCGAGAGCACGCAGGUAGUAACGGCUAACAACAGGAAUCGCUGUGCUAGCCACAAGUCCACAUGGAGCACCAGAAACAGAAUCGCAAAAGUAAAACCUCGUUUAAAACAAACAGGGCCCCAAGGUUCAGAAACUGUGGUUUUGCAGAGAAACAAGAAUUUCAAACGAAAAAGAAAGGAUGAUUACUCAGAACCUCCAAGAAAGAAGGUGAUGUUACACAGGAAGUGCAAGGAAAAGAAUCAAACUGGAGUUGUUAGUGAAUCAGGUGGCCCUUACAAACCAAGGGCAUCAAAGGAUACUGUGAGGACUUUGAAACUACUUCCUUUUAAUUCUAAACAGCUUGUGAAAUGUCCCCGGCGAAAUCAGCCAGUUGUUGUACUUAACCAUCCCGAUGCUGAUGUUCCAGAAGUAGUAAAUGUAAUGAAAACCAUUGCUAAAUUCAAAGGACACGUUCUUAAGGUUUCGUUGUCAAAAAGAACUAUUGAAGCUCUCCUGGAGCCAGCUUUCUGUAAUGGUUUGGACCGAACUACUGAGGAUCUUUCUCAAAAGAGGCAUAGGACAAUAAAACCUAUCAGCCCUGUAAAAGAAAGAUUUGUGUUAAAAUUGACACUGAAAAAAACUAGCAAAAACAAUUACCAGAUUGUAAAAACUACCUCUAAUAACACCUUGAAAGCUAAGUUUAGCUGCUGGUUUUGUGGUAGAAUAUUUGACAAUCAGGAUAAUUGGGUAGGACACGGACAGAGGCAUCUGAUGGAGGCUACUCGAGAUUGGAAUUCAUUAGGGUAAUGAUGACCAGUGAA